AUGGACUCUUCUGAGCUGGAAGAUUUGACUCAGCACAUCAAUGACAAAAUAUCUGGUGUCCUGAAGAGCCUCCAUUUAAGGACCUUGGCUAAGGACCCUGAUAAGAGAAAUGUGCUGAAAAAGAUAAGUCAGGAUCUUCUCUCUAUAAAUAACCUUUUAAACCAGUUUGAAGCACAGGUUAACCAGCAAAAAGAGAUCCUGAAAUCGCUCAAGGAGUUAGAGAAAUUAUUUGAGGAGGAUAAAACGAAUAUACAGCUUUUGUUUUGGAAGAUUUGCACAUACGACCUUGAUUGCAACGUUGGCCUGGGAAAUGCCACCCCUUCAUAUGGAAUCUUUGAAUGCACACUGAUUUGUUUUUCCCCUUUUUUCAUAUUUGACAGUGCUGCAGUGCUAAAAACAAGCCAAGAACCUGAAAGUAAUAAGGAAUUUGAGCUUUUAAAGAAACCCUCCAAACACAAAGAUUGUGUCCAAGAGAUGCUUUUCAUCACAACUGCAGAGUUUGAAAACAUUCCAGCAUACAUGAAAGGGCGGCUUACCUAUGACCAGAUCAACAAUGUUAUUCAAGACAUUAACAAAGCAGUGGUGUGCAAGUAUAAGAUUUUGAAGCAAUCUCUCAAAUCCAUGAACAAUGCAACACGAAAACUUUACCAGAGAUUCAAGGAUGAAGAGUGCAAAGAAACCAAAGGUCAGUAUUUUGUUGUGGAUGCUGAUAUUAAGGAGUUCACCCAAAUGAAGGUGGAAAAGAAGUUCCAUGUGAUGCUGAACAUGCUGCGGCACUGCCAGAGACUGCGAGAGGUCAGGGGGGGAGGGAUCACCCGCUACAUGCUGCAGUGAUGCAUGUAUAUACAUUAUUUCUUUUUCAUGUCAAGGUUUCUUAGAUAUUGUAGUGGAUUAAGAUCAUUGCAGUGUGGCACAGACUUUUGCAAUGGAAUGGUGUGUUAUGCAGUCUUCAUACAGCCUUUUUAAAGGUGGGAGUGUACUGUAGACUGCACUGCUCAGUCAGUCAAACCAGCCAGAGGCAUUUGCAGCAAGUAAAGGCCCAUUGACAAACUAAUUGCCUUCACCUUCUAUCGUUAUACAUUAGCUUUAUCAUCCAAUUAGCGUGAUCUGAUAUAUAAUGUAUUUUUGUGACUUUGUAAUGUGACUUUGUAAUGUAUUAAUGGUAGGCCCUUAAAUGUAAUCCAUGAAUUUACUGUAGAGCAAUUGCAAAAAACUUGUUUAAAAAGGCAAUGUGUAAGAUAACCCAUGCUGCUAUACUUGUGAUCUUAAAAGGAGAAAUAGGUCCUAAAAGCAGUUUAGGUUUCCCAAAAAUGUAGAAUCUUUUCAUAUAUAAUCAUUGUGUUUUGUCUUGUUACAUUGGUAGUUAGU